GUGGACACAAUGUUAUACAUUUUGAUUUCAGUGGACUAUUAGUGUUCAGUGUGUGAAAAUAACGUACAGUUUAGAUAUAUAUAUAUAUAUAUAUAAAACAAAUCAUGUUUAAGUAAGGCACUCGAAAUUGUAUUUUAUUUAAGAUCAUCUUACUGUUUAAAUACUACAAAUUACACUACCGCUAAAUGCUUAUCUUGUGUAAAUUUGAUCUUAAAAUCUUGCUAAAAUGGAAUGCAUGUAGUAUGCAUUUAAGAGUAAACACAGCGUAUUAUUAAAAAAAAAAGUUACCAAAGUUCACGGAUUACACGGAAUAACAAAAAGCAUGUACAAAUUGGAGGAUAAUAAAUAUUUGCAAUUGAAACUUGAUACGUAUAUAUUCGUCCGUUUCCUGAAUUUGUUACAUUAAAAGCGUUUUGUAAGUAGUUUGUGUUCUUUCUAACUUAUAUAUUACACUGUACGAGGAACAGCGUAUAUUUGUCUACUGUUAGAGCAUAGAAGAACCAAACCCCCCUACUGUCGGGGCCAGUGUGUCUGUAAAUAAAUAUCAGUGGAGUGUAGCCUGAACCCGGUGAUGCUGGGAACUCUGCCUCCCCAAGGAGUGGAGACCCACAGCGGGCUCCCGCCUCCCGCGAAGAGAUUCCGGCGAACAGGAAGUGUGAGCGACAUGGACCGCGACUCCAUCGCCAGCAGCUCCCCUGAGGGCGGAUAUAACCGAAAGUACCCCAAGUCGUCGGCAUCGUUAAAAUCAGACUGUGGCGGCGGGGAGGAGGGCGGCGCAUUCACGGACGAGGAGAGCGUUAUGGACGAUGAGGAACGUGCGCUGCUGGCGGAGGCGGCGGCUCACGUGGACGUCAACGGAAACAGCAGCCAAGGGCCCAAGAAGACCGUGGCCCAAAUUAUGCGGGACAAGAAGAAACAGACGGCCCUCACUCUCCAGUGGUUAGAGGAGAACUACUGUAUCUGCGAGGGUGUGUGCCUACCAAGAUGUAUCCUGUACGCCCAUUACCUGGACUUCUGUCGCAGGGAAAAUUUAGAACCAGCGUGUGCUGCAACUUUUGGCAAGACAAUAAGACAGAAAUUUCCCCACCUAACCACCAGAAGACUGGGAACACGAGGUCACUCGAAAUACCAUUAUUACGGCAUCGGCAUCCGAGAGACCAGUCAAUAUUAUCACUCCGUAUACACGGGCAAGGGCCUGACCAGGUUUUCCGGCUGCAAGCUGAAAAAUGAGGGUGGUUUUACCAGGAAGUACUCACUGAGCUCAAAGACGGGAACGCUUCUUCCUGAAUUUCCUAACGCCGAUUACCUCAUACUUCCGGCCAGCAUCCAAAGAGAAAAGGUGGAAACGUUCAUCAUGAUGUACAAGACCCACUGCCAGUGUAUCCUGGACACCGCCAUCAACGCAAACUUCGACGAGAUCCAGAAUUUCUUGCUGCAUUUCUGGCAGGGCCUGCCUGAGCACCUGCUGCCGCUCGUGGAUCAGGAAAUCAUCGUGGACCUCAUCUGUGUCUGCGAUUCCAUUCUAUAUAAGGUGCUGACUGAAGUGCUUAUUCCGGCUACCAUGCAAGAGAUGCCGGAAACGUUGCUUUGCGACAUCCGAAACUUUGCCCGCCACUGGGAGAACUGGGUGGCCACCGCCCUUGACAACCUGCCGGACACCCUAGCCACGAACAAACUUCCGGUCGCCAGGCGCUUUGCCUCCGCCCUCAAACGCCAGACCUCCUUCCUCCAUCUUGCUCAAACGGCCCGUCCCGUUCUGUACGACGCUCAGCUCGUGAACCAGAUGAUUAGUGACGUCGACAGAAUUGAUCUGACGUCAAUAGGAACGCACGCGCUAAACGCCAACAAUGACGGCGACCAAGACAUUGAACUCAACGCUGAGCUGCUACGCGAGUUCAAGGAGCUGUUACGGAAGCAGGCCACGGUGGAAGCGUUCACGGAGUGGCUAGACCAGGUCGUCGAACAAAAAAUCAUCAAGCCCAGUAAACAGAAUGGACGGUCGUUUAAGAAGAGGGCCCAAGACUUUCUUCUCAAGUGGUCAUUCUUUGGUGCGAGAGUCAUGCAUAAUCUUACACUCAACAAUGCUCAAUGUUUUGCGUCGUUCCACGUGAUCCGGAUGUUACUGGAUGAGUACAUCCUGUUGGCGGUAGAAGGACAGCUACACAACGAGCAGGAGACAGAGGUCCAGACACUACUGGACAAGCACACUAAAGCAGACGAGGCGGGUUCAAGGCCGCCCUUGGACACCACACCGAGCACAUGCUUCGUGGCAAACCGCGUCUCCAAGAACGUAACGCCGGACGUUAAAAAGGAGAACUACAUCACGAGUCACCUGAGUAACGGCGCGUUCAGCCAGUUUCCGGCGAUCGUCGGAGACAGGGACGGAUACCCGAAUCCGCUCCGCUCUAUCAGUGACCUUGUCGUCAGAGAGCAGAUGGGUUCGCACAUGUUAACCCCGCCCAUCUCGCCUGCGAUCUCCAACAUCGCGAUGCCCAACCCGACCCGGGGGUCGGUCAUCAACCCCGGGCCCCUCUUCAACCCCGUGUCAUCACAGUCAUCAUAUAUGCAAUCAUCGUUUACCUACAUGCCUCAGGAUCUGAGCGCAGUGGCACCGUCACCCUGGGGUAGCGCCGGCAGCGCUUUCCGGAACCCCUAUCAGCCAGGGGGCGGGUUCUACUCUAUGAAAAACGACUUCGACAAUUACCACUACUCAGACACCACCGCCGAUUCCUUCUAUAAUACUUUUCCGUCGUUCUCCGUGCUACAGCCACCCCAGGCCCCUAGUUACCAACAAAAUACCGUUCAGCAAACAGGAUCCGCGUUCAAUAUAGUUCCUAGCAAUAAUGGAUUCUCCAGCAAUCAGCCGACCUUUCCCCCGCAGGACUUCGGGUUCACCAGUGGCGGGUUUGGCCACCAUCAGAAGCCCCUAGCUGAAUAUGUACCCGUCAUCCAGCCGCGCCCCCAGCUGACCCAGUACCCGGGCGAAUACACCGGAAACGAUCCCCUGCAGCUGCUCGACAAACCCCGCGGCGUCAAGGAACACCUUGGCCUGUAUAACACUAGCCCCGCCAGCUGUCACAGUCCUCGGAAUCAUGACAUGGGGCCAGACGACAUUCUGAACAUCGCAAUGACGGGGAUGUUGUCCGUUGAACAUGACCUUCACGGGGGAUUUAACGACCCCGGGCCUCUCCCAUCCAUCAACACAGUCUUCGACGCAAAAAACAUGUACUAGACACUGCCUCGGUGCACACUAGCGGGCCUUUCGCAUACAUCAACACAGUCAUCGACGCCAAAAAUAUGUAAUAGGCCGCCUAGGUACCCCCGACACCGUGCCUCUCCCAUCCACCAACACAGUCUUCGAUGACAAAAACAUGUACUAGACCACCAUGACUCGGUGCCCUCCCAACACUAUACUACGGCGAGUUAUGCGGCUCGUCGCCGAACCAACAAUUAUUAUUAAAUGAUUGUCAUCAGUGAGGCCCGUCGUAACACCGGUAGUCGUUGCUUAAGGCGGAUGUUUAACUUAUUUACUGCCAGUGAGCCCCAUUCGGCGAGCACUUCUCGGUAUAUCUAUGAGCAGUGUUGAUUUAUAUGCAUGCCUUGUGGUGGAGAAAUGAUGAUCCGAAAAAAAACCUAUUGAUUUGCAUUUUUCGGGAAGAGAGUCAUUGUCAUAAUCUCCAUGAAUUUUUGAAGACAUAUAUUUGCAUGUACAGCUUAUGAUUCAAGUGAAUUAUUUCCCCACAUAUUUCAGACAUACUUGAAUGUCUCACGUGCAAAGACUA